AUGUUGUACAUUCCAGGCGAAGGCCCAGGUCGUUCGUCUCCAACAGGAUACCCCGGACUGUAUGGACACCAGCGUCAGAUGUUGUUGUUCUCUUUAGAAAACAGGUACUAUGGAGAAAGCUUACCGGCUCCCUUGACAGACAAGAUGAAGAUUAAAAAGUUUCUCAGUGUUGACGCCGCCCUUGACGAUUUGCGUUAUUUCCAGACGUUUGUAGAAGGUAAACUUGUUGGAAAGAAGCUUCGAUGGCUUAUUGUUGGCGGAAGCUACGCUGGUGCAUUGAGCGUUUGGUUCAAGGUGAAGUAUCCAACUGCUGCAUUAGCAGUAUGGAGCAGCAGUGGGGUUGUUGAGCCUAGAUUCAACUUCUAUGCAUAUGAUGGACAUGUCAAGGCAGAAAUACCACCAGAUUGUACCAGGUCAGUAACUGUGGUACAAUCAUUGUUCUUGGAUAUGUGGGAGAACGCAAGCACCCGAAUUGAAUUUUUAAACCGUUUUGGAAUUCCACACUACUUUGACAAAGCUGGUAUAUCUUAUAUGUUGGCCGAUGCUGUCGCAGGUGCUGUGCAAUAUGGAAAGAAGUGGCAAAUGUGUGAUAUGAUUGUACCGCAAAACAAAACAGACCCUUUGGGGCAGUUCCUGAAGAUGAUUAUUCGCAUGUAUGGCUUGAACUUUACCUCUGGUUGCUCUUUCAGUACAGUGUGCCUAUCGAAUGCGUCCAUGUCCGACCAAUGGGCUUCUGCAGAUUAUUCAUGGGUUUACCAAACCUGCAGAGAACUUGCGUACUUUCAAGUGGGUUACCAUAAAAGUCUUCGACUUGAAGAUGUAAAUACAGAAUACUUUGUGGACCAAUGCCGUUCGGCGUUCGGUGCUUCGGUGUUUCCUGAUGUUUUUGAGUUUAAUGCCAAAUGGGGAGGCAAAAGACCAAAUGCUGGAAAUGUGGUUGCAUUGCAGGGAUCGGAUGACCCAUGGAGUGAGCUGGGUGUUACCAAAACGCUACGAACAAACUAUCAAGCUUUCGUUGCCGAAUGUGAAGGAUGUGGUCAUUGUGGCGAUCUUGGGUUACCAGGACCAGAGGAUCCGCCGUCGUUGACUCAGCAACGAAUAGAUCUAUCUCGGUGUUUAGAUAUAUGGAUGUCAGGAGAGCCUACGCCUUACCAUCUCCUACUGCAUGGCAACUUCACCAGGUUAUCCCUCAUGCAUGAGGAAAUGCUAAUGAAAGUGAUACAGAGUGACCUACAUGAUUUUUUCGAUCAUAGUGCAGAUGUUCACUCAAUCACUAUUGAUAUUGAAAACUGGACACUGUCUAUCCGCUUCGUGGCCUACGUUAACACUCUUAAUAACGGAGAAUUGGCUGCAGCUGUGACAAGUCUGCAGAGCGGAACGUCGUGGCUACGUAAUAUGAAGCAGGUUUUGGCUCGUUUGGGGAGUGAGAACGAGGUUAUUGUACUCUCUUUUGAACAACUCAUUGCACCAAGUGAUCUCGAAGAGCGGGAAAGUACAUUUUAUAUAGGUGUUGCCAUGAGGAUUAUAGUAUUCAUAUCACUUAUUAUUAACCUUCUUGUCACGGUUGAAUAUAGCUGUAUUUGGGGACUGAGUAUUAAGUGA